UUUUAAUUCAAUGCUUAAAUUUCUUCUUAGACCUUCAUUAUAGUUUUCUAAAAGAACAACUAAAUUAAGGCAAUUAAUUCAAUCGAAAGAAUUAGAGUUCAUAAUGGAGGCACACAAUGGACUUUCAGCCUUAAUAGUCUAAGAAGCAGGUUUUAAAGGUAUUUGGGCAUCAGGAUUAUCGAUGUCAGCAUAAUUAGGAGUAAGAGAUUGUAAUGAAGCUUCAUGGACUUAAUUAUUGGAAGUAUUAGAAUUUAUGGCAGAAAGAACAACAAUUCCAAUAUUAAUGGAUGGAGAUACUGGAUUUGGGAAUUACAAUAAUGCAAGAAGAUUAGUGAGAAAAUUAGAAGAGAGAGGGAUUGCAGGUGUUUGUUUUGAAGAUAAGAUCUUUCCUAAAAGAAAUAGUUUAGGAGAUGGAGCUUAAGAAUUGGCAAAUAUAUAAGAAUUUUCAAAUAAGAUUAAGGUUGAUUAAAACAGUAAUUUUAGGCUUGUAAAGAUUUUCAAAGAGACAAAGACUUUUAAAUAGUGGCUAGAUGUGAAUCAUUUAUAGCAGGUUGGGGUUUAGACAAUGCAUUAGAGAGAUGUGAAGCAUAUAGAAAGGCAGGAGUUGAUGCAGUGUUAAUUCAUAGUAAGAAAAGUGAUUUUACAGAAAUUGAAUCUUUUUUAAAGAAUUGGAAUAAUCGAUUACCUGUUGUAAUAGUACCAACAAAUUAUUAUACAACACCAACUGAAGAGUUUAGAAAAAAUAGUAAAAAUAAAAUAUUAUGAUAUAGAUGUAAGUUUGGCUAUUUGGGCAAAUCACAAUUUAAGAGCUAGUAUUAAAGCAAUGUAGGAAACAAGUAAAUAAAUAUUUGAAAGAUAAAACUUAAAUGGAUUGGAUAAUAUAGCUACUGUUAAAGAAGUUUUUAGAUUAUAAAAUGAAAAAGGAUUAGAAGUAGAUGAUAAAAAAUAUUUAUGA